UAGUUCAAUAGACCUGAAUGGUGCUCUCUGUUAAGGCCAAGCUCUCACACUGAACUGUUGUAAGGUUGUGAACAAAUGUUUUUUUAUUGACUCGAAGUUGUACAUCAGAAUUCCAGCUUAGUGAUUUAGUGUAACACUGGCAUUUGUUGCUUUCUUAAACCGCUGUGCUUUGUGCAAGUCGAGAGCAUCCUAAGAAUGUCCGUAACAUCACGCUUGGGGUUAAUAUUUGAAAUGGUUGUGCUACCCUAUGUGUGUUCAGUGUACCUACUCACAUGUCCAGACAGAAGGUAGCUGACCUGCCCUCUGGGGAGUACAGUACACUGACAGAUGGAGCUGCCGGGAGGGAGGGAGAGAGCGGGAGUGGGGAAACUACUGAGAUGAAAGAAGGAUAUUAUGGACACGGACAACAGAAAUGCCCCUGAAGAUAAACCUGUCCAGCGCUCCAAAUCCUUCAGCUUCAAGACACCGAGGGAGGUGUGYUCGUCAUGUGAGAAGACCGUCUACCCCAUGGAGAGAUUGGUGGCUAACAACCUGAUAUUYCACUCGGCCUGUUUCUGCUGCAAACACUGCAACACCAAACUCAGCCUGGGCACAUUUGCUGCCCUUUCGGGUGAUUUCUACUGCAAGCCGCACUUCCAGCAGCUCUUCAAGAGCAAAGGCAACUAUGAUGAGGGCUUUGGCCGCAAGCAGCACAAGGAGCUUUGGACCUCCAAGGAGGGAGAGAACAUAACAAAGACUGCGUAGCCACGCCUGUCUGUCCCAACCCUUCUCCCACGGGAAAGGCUAUACGGACACUCCUGACCUGCAAACCCACUUUUAUUUUCAGAAUUGGUAACGGUCGGGGUUAGUUUUAGAUUUUGGGUAGUUUUGCAGGUCAGCAGUAUCCUGCUGGUAUUUCCCAUCUCAUCCCCAAAGCUGCCUCUUCUCCACCUCCAACAUGUCAUAAAGAGCACCAACAUGUCAUGAGGGGUGCAGUCAACGCUCCUGUGCGCUCGCUCCACAUCAUGGAAGACAGACACACCCACUAUGACUGGCCAGUCACGCCCCUGUUGCUCAACAUUUUAUUUAGUGGGGUGUUUAUUACUUUCAUUUGGUUUUAGUAUCAUUUUUGUUUUACAUUUGCUCUUUUGAAAUUGUUGAUUGUGACCAAACUGCUUAUUCACAAACCAGUGGUAUGUUUUUGCUGUCUGUUUGAGGACUACAUUAUCAUUGUUUUCUUGUUUAUUUUUCGGAUAAAUUUGCACCCUUUUGACGCAACAGGCGCAAGGACCGUAUGCUCAGGUGAACUUAUGGUAAGAGAAGCUGGAGUUCACUCUAAGCUGUAGAGCAUACUCAGGUCAACCAUACUGAGCUAGGUUCAUUAGCAAAUUUGUAAUUUAUGACUUAUUUUUAGUUCCAUAUAGUCAAUUAAAUCUAACACCAAUUUUAACGACCGGUCCUCUGCAUUGCGGUAGCACCGGCGGAAGCCAAUUUGUGAGUUUGUCAGGGUUCACUUAUCUGAGAAACAAACACGGUACUGUAAAACUGUCACACAUUCUCUCUCUCUCUGGGUACAGUUAGUUGAAUUCUGUCUUACUGUUCAAAUGUUUUUUUGCUCCUAUGAUCUGAAUGGCUGCUAGGUUUCACUUCUGCAUGUUUGUCCUGUAUGAGUCUUAGCUGUCAUACCUUUAGUCUGUACUGCCCUCCUGUGUUCUGGAUGACUUUUUACAACUAAUCUGCUUCAUUAACUCUUAAUCUCACUUUACUGGUUUUAAAAUGCACUCUUUGCUCUCUUAUUUGCUGGGUUUGACUGUCAUGCGAUAAGUUGCUCUCACUCGUAGAGGCUAUCUUUUGUCUUUAUUCUGAAUAUGAGAAGUAUCUCAUAGGUGUUUGUACAUAGCUUGUGCUUAGUGAACAUAUCGCACUAUACUGUGCACAUAUGACCAUGCAUGUUGACCAGACAAGUCAAUGUUAGAUUGACAGGGAACAUAACCUAACAGGAAACCACAACUGUCACGCUAAUUUCCCCUGCGGCUUCCUGUCCAUGCAGGGCUGUCUGUUCAUGUACUAAAUUGGGCUACGUUGGUGUGUAAAACUAAGCGGGACUUUCAAGACAACUGAACUCUGGUGGGGGAACAAUGUCAAAUCCUGAUGUCUGUGAUCUGCCAAUUGGGAAAGUCAGCUCUAGAAAGAGGCCAGAGUUCCUGAUGCAGAAUUAUGAGUUGGAUGACCGGUUGCAAAAAAAAUAUUCUAUCAGCUUUUUUUCUUUUUGAGUUCCCUGUUGUCUUGAAUGCUCCGUGUUCUGAAUGCGGCAGAAAUUCACAUAUGACUGGGAUGUCCUGACGGGGACACAAGUGAAAUCACAUAAUGUAAAAAAUAUAUAUAUUAUUGUGCUUCUCCAGUGACAUCACAUCUGCGAACAUAAAUAUAUAUUUUUUAUUUUUGAUAAAUGCCUCAUGGCUUUCUUGUCUCGACUUCAUCACGUGAUUCUGAGCAGAGGUGGUGGCUUUGUGAAGAUGAUUCACUUCAGGCUGUUUACCAUUGGGGGAAAAAAUUGUCAGUUUCAGUCUGCUGAACAGGGUGGAUCUCCCAUCGACACCAAUGUGAUAGAUCGCAGCUGGUCCUGGUCUACUUUAUUGACUAAUGUAACCAGAGAGAGUGGGAUGUCUCACUGCUUCUUCAUCUCUGAUUUUGAGCAUCAGGACCUAGUACUAUGUGAGGGGUGGGCGCUAACAGGGAAUGUUGUUUGACCUGGGGCAUGUUCAGGGGAAUUCCUACGCAGUGAGUAAAGCCCAGGCCUACAGUGCCCUGAACCUCAGAGUAGCGCCUCCUGGUGGGAGAAGAGAGGUAGGAAAUGCUUGAGUCAGUUCAGCCAGUCCCAGUAAAGGCUUGAGAUAUUACAUAUCAUUAAUUGUCAAUAAACACGUUUGCCCCCAGUAA